AUGUGGACACGGGCGAUUGGACAAGCUUUAAGGGGAGCAGUACACAGACACGCGGCAACACAGAGGCACGCGGUUAGAAGCUACCACAGGCCGAUCCCAGCUGGAGAAUUACCUGUGUAUGAUUUGGCGUUGGAAGUCUUAGCGGAGGAUAAGAGGAGAGUUCAGGUGGAGCUAGCGGAGUUGCGAGCCGACGCAGAGAAGCACAGCCACAGCCAUCACGCACCCCGUAUUGCCCAAUUGGAGGUACUCCAAGGUAGUAAUGAUCCAGAGGUGGUGCACAAUUUCAAGCACGGCCUUGUCGAUAUGAGUAAGGCUUAUUACCGCUACCUCUCCAGGAAGGACUUUGAGCAGCGCAGAAGGGAUAAGCUGAUGGAGAGGCUUAAUCAGAUGAAGGUUAUUCCAGAUGUGACAGCGCCAUUCAGCGCAUCAGUAGAGCUAGUCGUCGAUUUCCCCGCGGACCAAUUCGCAGAAGAAGGCUCAGAGAAGCGAGUACGUCCAGUGAUCCCAGGCGCGUACGUAAGGGCUGGUUUGAGUAGACAGAGGCCAGAAAUCUCGGUAAAGAUAUUCGACGCCGAAGAAGCGCUUUACAGUGUUAUCAUUGUCGAUCCAGAUGUCCCAGACGCGUCUAGCCACUCGUACAAGCCAUAUCUCCAUUAUUUGGGCAGAAAUUUGAAACUGAGCGCUACAACGACGCAGGUGGAGCUGAAUGAGAUGUUAGAUAGUGGUGUGCUCCCAUAUACGCCUCCACACCCAGCCAAAGGGAGUGGAUAUCAUAGGUAUACCGUGCUAUUGGUGAGGCAAACCACCCAACACACUGGAGAUGUGGCUAGAGAUGGAUUCAGUGUUAGAGAAUUCAUCCAGCAGACGCAAGGUGUUGCUGUUGCUGCGCAUAUGUGGCGUGCAGUACACGACAGCGAUAGCAGCGAGGUGUUUAAGCAGCUCAACAUUCCAGAGCCUGUGUACGGCUAUCCAAAGAAGGACUCAAAGUAUUUGGAGUAA